CUUGCAUUACGACCUUUUUCAUCGUCGAGAUAUCUUCUUCGUGCUCACUCGCCCUCUCCUUGGACUUGUCCUAGACCGAACGCCCCUCUUGGUUUCGUGCCCCGCUCUGUCUUACCUUGCCACGCCACCAGAAGAACUAUGGCGUCCGCGACGACUUUUUACGACUUUGAGCCUGUCGAUAAAAAGGGCUCCCCCUUCCCUCUCACUCCCCUCAAAGGCAAAGUCAUCCUCGUCGUCAACACCGCCUCCAAAUGCGGCUUCACUCCUCAGUUUAAGGGCCUCGAGACCCUCUACCAGACCAUUAAGGAAAAGUACCCCGAGGACUUCACCAUCCUCGGCUUCCCCUGCAACCAGUUCGGCAGCCAGGACCCGGGCUCCAACGACGACAUCCAGUCCUUCUGCCAGGUCAACUACGGCGUCACCUUCCCGGUGCUGGGCAAGCACGACGUCAAUGGCGAAGACGCCGCGCCCCUGUGGACUUGGAUGAAAGAGCAGCAGCCUGGCCUGAUGGGCCUCAAGCGCAUCAAGUGGAACUUUGAGAAGUUCCUCAUCUCCCCUGACGGGAAGGUCGUCGGGCGCUGGGCUAGCGUUACCAAGCCCGAGUCGCUGGAGCAGACCAUCCUCGCUGAGAUCGAGAAGGCUAAGAAGGCGGGGUUGCUGGCGUCGCAGCAGGCUCAGGGUGGUGAGCAGGCGAAGUUGUCGUAAGCGUGUGAUGGAUUGAUUUUUAAUUUCCUUUUGUUUGUAGGUGAUACCAUGCCUUUCUUAUGUUGAUUCUUUUCGUACAUUGAAACUACGUGUAUGUGUGUACGUGUGUGUAUGCAUUUGAUUUCUGUUCGUGUUAUUCAUACCAGAUUGCAACGCUGCAUAGCGCCUGUGUUCAUGGUAAUCGUCAUAAUCGCAUCUUAAUAUAUGAUACUCCCCGAACCGCUC